AGGGCCGCGGUGCCGCCUCGCCUCACUGCAGCGGGGAGCGGCCUGUCCCACGGGCCUUUCGCUCCUUCGGCCGGGGCGGACCGAGCCGCGCCCUGCGUGCUGCCGGCCCAGGGGGGAGGACGGCGCGGUGUGAGUGCAGAGCCCCGCCGGGCUGCCGGGCCGCUGAGCUGUUCCCUUUAACUGUGGUGGUGAAAACGGAGUCAAAUAACGGUCAGAGUCUAGAAGAAAGAAGUGUAUUCAUCAGAUAUGGAGGAGGAUAUCAAGCCUCUCUUGAUUCCUGUAGGAGGCGAUGAAAGUAAUUAUGGAAUUAUGAACAUACAGUUUAAUCCAGAAGAUUUUAGAUGCAAAAGACCAUUUCAUGUGGAGCCUACAAACAUAGUCAGCGCCAAUGAUGACAUGCAAAGAGUCUCUGACGAAGCUUCAGCGAUGAAUAAGCGGAUUCAUUACUAUAGCAGGCUCACAUCUCCUUCAGACAAGGCAUUGAUUGCUCCUGAUCACGUACUUCCAGCUCCUGAUGAAAUCUAUGUAUAUAGUCCAUUAGGAACUGCUUUUAAAGUUGACAGUUGCACAGAUGGCCAUGGUAAAAACUCCAGUAUAGUGACAAUAUUUAUGAUAUGGAACACAAUGAUGGGUACAUCUAUAUUAAGUAUCCCAUGGGGAAUAAAACAGGCAGGAUUUACUUCUGGAAUCAUUCUCAUCAUACUGAUGGGCAUUUUGACACUUUAUUGCUGUUACAGAGUUGUGAAAUCACGGAAAAUGAUACCUUUAACAGAUACGUCAAACUGGGAAUUUCCAGAUGUUUGCAAGUAUUAUUUUGGAUCUUUUGGUCAGUGGUCAAGCCUCUUAUUUUCUAUGGUAUCUCUUGUUGGAGCCAUGGUUGUUUAUUGGGUACUUAUGUCCAACUUUCUGUUCAACACAGGAAAGUUUAUAUACAACUUUGUUCAUGAUAUCAAUGUAACAGAUAUUGUUCCAGGAACUAAUGGAAGUAACAAAGUCAUUUGUCCAAAUGCUGCUACUGGGCACCCGCCACAGAACCAGAGUGUGAUGUUCUCUUCUGGCAACAGUACAGGUUUUCAGCUCUUCGAAGAGUGGUGGAGCAAGUCACAAACAGUACCAUUUUACUUGGUUGCUGUUCUUCUGCCCCUCCUAAAUCUGAAGUCUCCAUCCUUCUUUGCGAAAUUUAAUGUCCUGGGUUCGGUUUCAGUUAUCUACUUAGUUCUCUUGGUUACUGUAAAGGCUGCUCACCUGGGAAUCCACUUAGAAUUCAACUGGUUUACAGAGAAUGAAUUUUUUGUACCAGAAUUUAGAGUUCUGUUCCCUCAGCUCACAGGGGUUCUAACACUUGCCUUCUUCAUCCACAAUUGUGUCAUCACUCUUCUUCAAAAUAACAAAAAUCAAGAAAACAACGUGAGAGACCUCUCCAUUGCUUACUUCCUGGUGGGAUUAACAUAUCUGUAUGUUGGAGUGAUAAUUUUUGCAUCUUUUCCUUCUCCGCCACUAUCCAAAGAAUGUAUUGAACAGAAUUUUCUAGACAACUUUCCCAGCAACGACAUCAUGUCUUUUAUUGCAAGAAUAUUUCUGCUGUUCCAGAUGAUUACUGUAUACCCACUGUUAGGCUAUCUGGCACGGGUGCAGCUAUUAAGACAGGUUUUUGGAAACGCUUACCCAAGUGUUUUCCAUGUCCUCGCUCUGAACGUAGCAAUUGUAGGAGCUGGAGUAGCAAUGGCAAGAUUUUAUCCGAAUAUCGGAGGUAUCAUAAGAUACUCUGGAGCAACAUGUGGUCUGGCCUUUGUGUUUGUGUAUCCGUCGCUCAUCUACGUGAUCUCCCUGCAUCGUGCUGGGCAGCUGACGUGGCCAGCAUUGAUCAUUCACAUCUUUAUAAUCCUCCUUGGACUGGCUAAUCUGAUUGCACAAUUCCUAUUAUGAAAACCCCCUUCUCCCUGUGGCUGUCACAAGUGAUACUGUGACAUUUGGCCACAGCCUUGAGCAACGUUACCACACAUGAUAAUGCGAUCUUCUUGAGAAAAGCUGCACCUCUGAGAUAAAUCCAAAACAUCUUACAGGCACUUGAAAGAAAACUUGUUUUGUUCCACUAAAAACACAAGUUUGUGAUAAGUGAAGUAGUUCAGAUAUGAUUGGGGUAGUUCUGUUGUUGUUGAAUGCACAUCAAGGGUUAAUGAGGCUCAGAUGUUUUUUAACUCCUCAAAAACUCAGCUUUCGGCCCUAAGCUGUGGAACUCCUCUUUCCUCUAAGAGGACUGCCCUUACUGUAAUCUGAACGUGCUCCUAUGGUAUUGUGCACCAGCUGUUUGAAAAGUGCUUUUGUUGCAGUUGUUUUACUGUUUUAUUUGGAAAAUGAAGAAAUUAUUUGUUUGUUUGUUUGUUGGCAUAAGAAAGGUUAAUUUGUACUCAUUGGGGUCAAGAUGCGCUCUUAAUUUUGAAUAUGCCAUUGAAUUGUUUUGACAACAUUCUUCCUGUAAAAAAUUCCAACUGCAAGAAACAAUAAACUCAUAUCCCAGUGUUUUAUUCAGAACCAA